CCCCCUCGCUCUCUCUCGACCACUCAGCCGCCUCUCUCACCACCUGUUAGUGCGGACCCCUCGUGCUCUGACAUCCACUUGUUUGUGUAGGAAUCUCCUCCACUCACAAUCAAAGACUCUAUGACGGUGCAGAGAGGAAAGAAGCUCAGCAUCUCCAUCCAGGAACACAUGGCCAUUGACGUAUGCCCUGGCCCCAUCAGACCCAUCCGACAGAUCUCCGCCUACUUCCCCCGCCUGUCCCCUACCUCCCCUGUCCCCACUUCCCCAAACCCUGCUACCUCCCCUCUGGCCCUUAGCCCUGGCUUGGUGGUCCCGGGGAUGGGCGGGUCUAAUCUCCUGUCUCCCCUGUUGGCCCACGGGCGGCCAGGUGGGGGCGGGUCUCUGUCUCUGACCAGCAGCGUGGACACGUCGGUGGAGAUUAACAGCUCCGACAGUGACGACUGCACUGCACUGGGAACGCUGGAGUUUGAGCUGAGAUACGACCAGAGCUCCAGUGAGCUGCACUGCACUGUGCUGCGGGCCAAGGGUCUCAAGCCCAUGGACUUUAACGGGUUAGCAGACCCCUACGUGAAGCUGCACCUGCUGCCAGGAGCCUGUAAGGCCAAUAAGCUGAAGACGAAGACGAUUCGAAACUCUCUGAAUCCAGUUUGGAAUGAAACCCUCACUUACGUUGGGAUCACAGAAGAAGACAUGCACAGGAAGACACUCAGGUUGACUGUGUGUGAUGAAGACAAGUUGACUCACAAUGAGUUGAUUGGAGAGUCGAGAGUGCCCUUGAAAAGAGUCAAACCUGACCAGACUAAACAUUUUCACACCUGCCUGGAACAUCCUCCCCCGCUCCCCUCUCCGACUGCCAUGGGUGAAGCCCUGCGAGGGAUCUCCUGCUACUUAAGAGAGUGGGAGAACGAGCAGCUACACAGCCUGGAAGAAAGAGGUCGUCUUCUUCUCUCCCUGCAGUUUCUGCCUCCUCAGAAGGAGGAUGAAGACGUGGAGGGAAGAGGAGGAGGAGGAGAAGGUGAAGGCCGUCGCAGUGGAGGGCUCUGUGUAGGAGUGAAGCGCUGCGCCCACUUAGCCGCCAUGGAUGUCAACGGAUUUUCCGACCCCUACGUCAAAAUAUACCUGAAGCCCGAUAUAGAGAAGAAAUCCAAGCACAAAACAACAGUGAUAAAAAAAACUCUCAACCCUGAAUUCAACGAGGAGUUCUUCUACGAGAUUUCCCUGUCCGAGCUCACCAAUAAGACUCUGGAGGUGACUGUGUGGGACUACGACCUGGGACGCUCCAAUGAUUUCAUAGGUGGAGUUUGUCUGAGCUGUCACUCCCAGGGCGACGCCCUCCGUCACUGGAUGGACUGCCUGAAGAACCAAGGCAGGAGGGUGGAGCGGUGGCACAUCCUGACCAACGAGCUGCCACAAACCCUCAGCCACGACUAAAAGCCCGCACGGCAUUCUGCAUGCGGUCACUGUCAGGUAAUUAGCGGCUCAACAGAUAUCCUCCUGUUUCUCUGAGGGACAGACAUGAGAAAGUACACCGCAGGAGUCAGCAGCGAUUGAAAGAAAAAAAAAAAGUGUAUAAUAUUAGGAGCCAACGUGAUGGGUGGAGAGCAAGGUGGAGCUGGAGCAGCACGGUGUUGUGCCUUCAUUAUUGAUCAGUGAGUCGCCUGGAAAAGAAGCUUAAUGGCUCCAUCAACACAUCAACAUCUCACCUCAUUCACACGCCACAGGGUUAGACCGAAACACUCGACUGAAGAGGGAUGAAACUCAGACACGAAACACAAAUCAUAGCUGCAGAUCUCAGAUUUGCACUUUUAGUUUAGUUGAGAUUAAACUGCAUGUUUUUUUUUUCAACAGCAAACACAUUUGUUUUGUAAAUCACACGUCCCGCCUUCUCUUUGGAAGAACAAUUUAUUUUAACUGUCCAUUGCCAAAACAGAGACAUUUAUUUUAUGUUGAACUGUCAUGAAGCUGCCUCAGCCAACACAUAUUAGUCUGUUAUUUUAUACAGUCUAACCCCCGAAUGUUUCUCUUGUUUAUGACUGUACCAUUACAUCCAAGUCUUAGAGCUCAGCAUCAUUUUACCAACAAUAUAAGCAGGCAGUCUUUCAGUAAUUUAGCAGAAAUAUGUGUGAAAAUAUUGACUGUAUAUAAAAAAUAGACAUAGCCUCCGAGUCUGAGAAGUGAAAUCAAUACCGAAUGGCCUCAAACAUGCAUUCAUUCUGACUCCCAGUGGUUGCCAAAGAAUUGUCAGAUAAUGUCGAAGCCUCCCAAAUAAUGAGCCUUCUUCUCACUUGAUUCAAAAGCUCUGUAAACAUUUUCUUAUCAAGUUUAUAUUCUCAUUUGCUUGUUUCAAGUCUUCUUCAAAGUAGCAUGUUCAUUUAGUAAAUAAUAGUUUAAAAUGGUAUGUUUUUCUACCUUGGGAUUGACAAGUGGCUAACACAGUGACCUGAUAAAUGUAAUUUACAGCCUUCAGUGGAGUGGAAGGGACGAUGGAGUACACAGCUCAUACCUACUUAUUUUUCAGUCCUUCAUUGCCUAUAAAAUCUUCUAAAUGCCCUGUGAUGGGCAUCAUACAGUGCUAGCCUUAUCUGUCUCUUAUUGGCUUGUACUUAUUGUUGCCUUCGUCGGUUGGUAGGGUACGUAAGUAAGAGUAAGCCAAUCAGAUACAGAGUUGGGUGAGUCAUAUCUUGCCAAUGCUAAUCUAGGAAAAAAUGUAGCCUGAGGACUUCCUGUCUGCCCUGUUGUCCAACACUGUGCCGUUAACUUCAUAAUGAAGUCGAGCAGCUAUGUUCCGAUACUUAAGGCCCAUUUUUAAGGUGAACCAAAUAUGCAAGAGCAGUCUAACAUGUCACUGUUUAUAACACAGGGCAUUCAUCCUUUGCUGGACGGGCUGACAUUUGGGGCAUAAAUUAUGAGUAUACCCAGUUCAUAUUUUAUAUUCAUAGUUUCAUCAUUUCUUUUUUCAAUAGCCAAAAUAAGCAUACCGAGCAUUAUCACAGUUACUUUUGAUUAGAAAUGUGUUGCUGACGUUUCUUGGGUAAGCUGGGUAACUUAGUGUUUGUUAACCUUUCUACCCUCUCAUCAAGGUAUGGUUACUUCUGGCUCCAAUUAAUGGGUCAUAUCAAAAUGGCUAUGUCAACUUUUUAUGUACAGUCUUUGGUUUUUUACAACUUUUCACCUCAAGAUAGUCCAUAGCAAUGUUUAGUAGAAAAAAAUAAAAUUUUCAGCAUGGAUCAUUGAUGAAUAUUAUUCUCCUGUUAGUGGCCACCCUGCCACUUCUGUAUGUUCUGGAUGGAGGAUGAUCCAUGGAUUUCCUACAACAACACUGUCUUUUUAAGUUGUCCUAUCGACCCAAUUUCAGAAAACCAGCUUUGAUCAUUAAACCUCUGGGGGCAAUGGGUUGUUUUUAAGGGCUCUCAGUUUAGCCGAGGCCAAGACUUCCUCUUCCUUUCAUUUACAUUCCGUUAACUGAAUUCAUGUGCAGAGGUCUGUUUGCAAAGA